GCGAUGGAGCGCCUCCUAGUUGGAAACUUCCAAGGUCAUUAUAAUCUGCUGAACUGGGUUGUCCUGGUCGCUGGUUCCUUCACCUGGGAAAAUUAUCGACAUCAAGCGGACGUUUACCGCGCGUAUCAAAUCGUGCGUAAAAACAAAGUUCCAGUGGAGAAUAUAAUCACUUUCGCCUACGAUGAUAUUGCAAACAAUCCCAAAAAUCCGUUUAAAGGCAAAGUGUUCUAUGACUACCGGCACAAAGAUGUGUACAAUGGGCUGGUAAUUGACUACCGUGGAAUAAUGUAUGCAAUGGAGUUGAUGGAUACGCUCGCCUACAUGCAUUCAAAAAAAAUGUUCAACAAAUUGGUGCUGUACGUUGAGGCUUGCAACUCUGGCUCUAUGUUUCGCAAUGUUCUUCCUUCAAAUGUGGGAAUCUACGUGACAACAUCAUCCAAAGAAGGUGAAGCUAGCUUCUCUAUUUAUUGUGAUGACAAGGAUAUCGAUGUUUGUCUAGCGAACGAUUUCUCGUAUGCCUGGCUUUCCGAUUCGGAUCACUUUGACAUAAAACGGCGUACACUGGAGCAACAGUACGAAGCAGUGAGAAAGUGUACAGUGUUCAGUCACGUGAUGAAAUACGGUGAAUUGGAGAUGGGCAGUCUCCCAGUUGGGAAAUUUCAAGGUCAUUAUGAUCUUCUGAUGCACCGAAACGAUGAAGCGAUAGCACCGAAUGCUGUAGAUAGAAAGCCCUCUUACCAGGCGCAUUUAUUUUCAAAGUCUCGACGCCUGAUGCUGGCCGCAACCGAGGACGAACAUGAAACUGCUUUGCGAAAGCUGCACCGUGCACUUCAGCUUGGCCAAAUCGUCAAGGAAACUUUUCGCGAGAUCGUCGUGGAUGUGACAACCCACAAUAUACCAACGCCAACGGGCUUGUCCAAGAGGGAUGAACUCGUCUCCGAGGUAGCCCAGCAUUCAUCUCAUUUAAUGGAACUGUGCAAAGCCGGAUACGAAGUUGAAACCCUCAUCGACUCUGUCCACAACAUCUGUUCCUAACGGAUACGCAACGUGUUUUGUGAAUUUGGCAAAAUAUAAUGAAUUGCAG